GUCAGUUUUUGCAAUAAAAAAUGGCGUAUACAUCUCUACAGAUUUAUUUCAUUGUUCAUUUAUUUGAAAUUCCUGAAUAAAACCAUCAAAUCUGUACGUUUUUAAAUUUUUACUAGCUUAUUAAGUAUAACAGGAAUUACAGGGUAUGGCAUGCGUUGAGACCAUGGCGCCAGUGGACGUCGACUCCGAGAGGGAGGAGGGCGAGAUAGUGGAUGAGUUGGACGAGUUGUCUGACAUUUCCUCCGAGGAGGAAUACUUGUUGCGCCAGAGGCUUCAAGUUCUAGAAACCUAUAACAACGUACUUGAGAGGAAGGAAGCAAAGCGGGCUUCUUCGAUCGGACCAGGUUUCAAAAAAUACAAGACAGCUAGCAGAAAUAAUGGGCACUUCUCAAAUUUUGAACCUCCUGUGCUCACGGAGAAGGACACCCAUUUUACUAAGAAAAUUGCUCAACAAAAGCACUAUACCAAACAUAAAAAGCCGGUCUUAUUGCAAGAAGAGACUUUAACAAGACAUAAAGAUAAAAAGAAAAAGCCUUAUAAACAAAAGAAAAAAUUAGAGCCAAAAGUUGUUCAUGAAUCAAGUGAUGAAUCUGAUUUUGAAUAUAGAAAUAAAAGAAGAAAAUUAGCCAAUGCUGUUUCCGUUACUAAAAAUAAAACUGACUCAUCAUCAUCACUAAAAGCCCGGCUAAUGCAAAUGAUGUGCGGAGUACAACCUCAUACUGUUCCAGAGUAUAAGGAAGUUGUACAGACUCCUGACAUUCCAAAACCAAUUGAAAGUGAAGUCCAGCAAAGUACAGAUAAUGAAGUUGAACCAAAACUUAAUUUAAGUGAUGAAAACAAUUGUUUUAAUUUAGACAGUAAAACAAUUACUGAUGAAAACAAUUGUUUUAAUUUAGACAGUAAAACAAUUACUGAUUUACCUGGAGAACCAAUAGACUUAUGUAGCGAUAGUGAAAGUGUUCAAAUAAUAAAUAGUAAUGAUGAAACAAAACAUGAUUCUGGAGAUGUAGUGGAUGGUGUCUUACUAGAUACUGUUGUAAAUAAAAAACAAGAUGAAGCAUCAGAUGAGGACUUGGAAUUGUUGCGUCAACAUGCUCUUAAGUCUAAAUCAAGUAAGACAGUAGAAACUAAUAAUGUGCUACCAGAACCAGUGAAUUCUGAUGAUGAAGACAGUGAUACUGCAGAGUUAAGAUUAAUCUGUCUACGAUCAGCACUUUUGAAAAAGGCAAUAGAAAUGAAACAGAAACAAAAAUUGCGAAAGAAGCUGUCACAUUCGACCAGUUUAUACGACGACGUCAUAUCAAAUGAUGUGGAGCUUGCUGAGAAAAAAAGUGCAGAUAAUAAUACAGACAUUGAAUCCGUUGAUAUGGAUAUUGGUUCAGAUCAUGAAGAUAAAGACAAUGUUACGUCCAAAAAUAGUAAAAACAUAUCUGUUAACUGUAUACCAAUAGAAAAAUGUCUUCCUAAAGAAGACGAUAUUGAAGAAGAUGAAGAUUUAUUACGUGCCAAAUUAUUAACCUCACUUAGUAAAAACUUAGCUCCUCUAUUCUCUAAUUCAAAUAGUAUUGAAAAAACUCAGGAGCCUGUUAAAAAGAUUCCCGCUAAAAAGAUAUCAGUUAAAAACACUAAAAAGCCAGCACCCGCACCAAAACCAAAACCAGAAAAACCAAAAGAAGUUGAAGAUAAAAGUAUUCCAGAUGAAAAGAGGUUUAUAAUUCACACGGGUGACUCUGAUUCCGAGGGUGAGCAUGAGGCAACUAAGAACCUGACCAAGAUGCACCAGAAGCUGUCGGAGCAGCCAGACUUCCAGCUGAAACUGGACUUGUUCCUGAAGUCUGCACGCAUGGAGGUGGAGCGAACUCAAGAGCCUGAUGCUGAAGAGCAGCCUGCGGUUCUGCCGCUACCUGAACCACCGCAGAAAUUUGUGCCUAAGGCUCUCAACCAUUUGCCAAAGAGUGAGAUGAUAGAAUACAAGAAUUUAGUUAAAAGAAUGGCCGAAUUGGAGAAAAUAAAACAAAUAAGACAGGCAAAUGUUAACAGUUGGACAAACGAACAGAAGACUGGACCAUUCAUGAAAGAAACACUGAAACCUAGGAAUGUAUCUGUAGAGUCAGCCACAUCUCUUACACAGAAUGUUUUGGACGAAAGAAUUGCCAUAUCAAGGAAAAAAAUUGCUGAAGAGUCUGCCAAGGUGCUGAAACUCAAAGAGGAGCAUACAAGUCUGACGCAGAAGUAUAAAAUUGUAGCGACAGAGUUGCGUAACAUAUCCACCGCCAUCGCGCUCAACAAGAAGCGCCAGAAGGCGUCACAGAUACAGCUGUCAAGAACACGAGCGCAGCAUCAGCUGCUUCUGAAAAGAUCCACGACCAACGUGAAACAUGGCGGAACCAAUAUUGUCAUUAACAACAGAACAACAAACAAAAUCAAUGCCACAUCCAAAGUCCAGAAAGAGAAUGAUCCGCUGAAAGGAGAAUAUUUAGAUGCGAAUGAACUGAAAACUGUGAGAGUCAGUAUUGUCAAUGAUUUCAAAGAAACUGUGAAACCACCGCCGCCGGCCCCGGCCGUGGAAGAAAGGUUAUCAGUUCAGGUUGAUGUGUCUAGUAAUAAAAAGACAGUGAGAAUCCCUAAACUAUCAAGUCUGUCUAGACAAGCGCAUCUAAGGCUAGAUGAGGGUAAAACUAUGGACCCUGAUGGUUCAAACCCUCUAGUGUCUGACCCAGGGGGCAGUGCGCCGAGUGAGGAUGGUGCAUCUAAUGUGAACGAUUAUAAAUCACCACUCACAUCACUGACCAGCUCAGGUGGACCGGACGCGCUGCGGGUGCUGUGUCCCUUCGACGUGGCGGGACGCUGCCAGGACCGCGCCUGCCGCUACCUGCACCUCGCACCCACACACUGACACCCGCACACUGAUACACAAACACAAAAACACACACAUACACGUCAUCGUACACUCAAGUACAUUACUCUCUCCCCACACGUCACACCCACACACUGACAUACACCCACACAAACACAUGUACGUCAUCGUACACUCAAGUAUAUUACUCUCUCCCCACACGUCACACCCACACACUGACAUACACCCACACAAACACAUGUACGUCAUCGUACACUCAAGUAUAUUACUCUCUCCCCCCACCUCACCCUACCGCGGAGAACGGACCUUCAGCGUUGUGUAAAGUAUUAAUUAUUAUUUGUAUUUUAUUAUGUUUUUAUCAGUUUUUCAUGCAUGUUGAUAAGUAAGUAGAACAAAAUACCUAGCUCCUUACCUAUUUAUUUUAAAUAACUAUCUAGUUAGGUACCUACUAAUUCAAAGAUAACGACAAAUAUUUUUAUUUAUUUUACAACUUAAGUAGUAACGUAUAUUUUGAAUCGAUCAUUAUCCCACUAACUCACUCCACACUGUAGCACUGUUGACAUGAUCCCACUAUCCUAUUCUAGAUGAGCGACGGGCCGAAUUCUUCACAACAGCCGCGGUAAGUUGUGAGUAACUUGUACUGAAAUUAUAGUGGUUCUGUAGUGGUUUGUUGAGUUCAAGUGGCCUAGUGGACCCAGAAAAAAAAGGUGUGAAAACAUAAAGACAUGUCCUUACCUAAUAAAAUUAUAAACUGUAAAAAAACUAUUUGUAAGUUAUUUUUAUUAAAGUAACCAUGUAAUAUAAUAUGUGUAAAAAGUUUUUCAUUAAUAAACGAACAUAAAAUUGUA